AUCGCCAGGUUUUCAUAGUUUUACUUUAAGUACACUCAUUUUCAGCUCAAACAUUUUCUUGUUAUCUUUCUACUGGCACCGUUUUUCUGGCAUCAUCAACUCAUACCAAAACGUCAUAAGCCAAAUAACACCACAAAGCAAAAGAGAGAAAAAAAAACAACUGAAAAAAAAAAGAAAAUUCUUUCCUAAGGUCCGUGUGAGUCAGUUAAUUAAGAAUUUGACCACAAAGGCACUAUCGUCGAAACUGGGAAACAAAUCUUUAGAUAUAUCACAGGAAACAAUCUAUAAGCCUGAGACAUACUUGAUUGUACAUAGGCUAAAUUCCCGGACUUGUAUUACAUACAUUUAGAAGCAUAUUUAUACCUACAUACUCGUCUAGUUGCUACACUCCUUAUUCAAAACAUCUACCUGAAUAGUUGCCAUCCUACCCAGCAAACAUCGAACAACAAAUACUGUAUACCAUCAUGACCUCAUUUACGCCUCAAAAUAAUGGGGUACCCCAUCAGAAUCCCGACGUUAACAACAAUAACACCAUAUCGGACUUUGAAGCAGGACCGACCAUAUCGGACUUGUUCCAUUCAGCAAAGAAACUAUUAAAUUUACAACCACGAUUUGAAAAUAGACAAGUAAGGAAAGUUAAUUCCCAAGCUCAAAUGAACCAUAAUUUAUAUGCCACAAAUAGUGAUAACACAUCUACAUCUCCCAAUAUGAUCAUGCCUGGUCAUGAUAAUAUUUUGGAUUUACUAUCACCGUUAUCGAUUGAAGAUUUGAAGAAUAAUAGUCAUCAUCAUCACAUUCAUAAUAAUGCUUCUAGACCUAUUGCCACUACUUCAACCACCAUGUCUACUGCUAAUUUCACGUCCCAAAGAAAUGAAUACAAAACUCCGAACUCCGACUAUUCUUCACCUGGUGCUCCAACUAGGCAACAACAACAACCACAAAUAACACAUGAUGCAUUCAUUAAACCAAAGUCAAACUUGACUUCUUCAUUAAAUAAGUUGAACAACAGACCGUCAGUUCAACCAACUCCGAUAAAAUCCAAUACUUCUCCAACAUCAAGCACGGCUUCAACACCCAUCUCAUCAUCUGCUCCAAUUGCAGGACAACCUCCAGCUGCUGCUACUGCCACUGCCGCUGCUGCAGCAAACCAAAAGCCAACUGAAUGUUACAACUGUAAAACUUUGAAGACUCCACUUUGGAGAAAAGAUGCCGAGGGAAACACUCUUUGUAAUGCCUGUGGGUUAUUUUAUAAACUCCAUGGAACUACUCGUCCCCUUUCGUUAAAGACUGAUGUGAUAAAAAAGAGAAAUUCCCGAAAAUCUACUUCACAAGCGUCAUCACAAAAGAUUGCCGUUGCUGCACUGCCUAGUACUAGCAACAUAUCUGCAUCAUUCAAGAAUGAAAUUACCAAUAUACGACCAAAACCCGUGAGUACCAAUUCAUCUUCUUCUUUACCUAAUUAUGGAACUACUGGUAUGGCAAUCUCGGCAAAUCAAAGGUAUAAAAAUGUAUUAAUCUUACCUAAACCUCCAAGUGGGAAUAAUUUGAAAUCUAUCCCAAUUCCACAAGCUUCACAAGCUUUUUCACCAUCAUCACCAUUCACGAUUAAUUCUAACCAACCAUUCAAGAGAAAGAAGUCUGAAGUAAAUAUUUCUAGUCAAAUGCCGAUGAUGACACCAGCUGAUGAAGCCACCACCCCAAUAUCUUCCUCGUUCAGUAGUAGGAAUCGAGCUGCUUCUUCAAGUUCAUCCCUUUCCAACUCCCUUAAACGCAAUUCAUCAUUCCAAAACUCCACAUUGAAUAGAAGAACUUCGUUGACUAAUAUGACAAGAAAAUUAACCAAUGCCGUGAUUACACCUACAAAUUCAUUGACUAGUUCCAAUAUAAAUAUCUUGAAUCAAAGAUUCCCUCAAUCUAGUUAUUUUGAAAACCCUGCUAAUCAGCAAGUACCAAACAGUUUGUCAAGAACUAGUAGUCACGCAACAUUGAUGAACCAAGCAAAUACAAUUAUGGAAAAUAACCAAUUGGGAAUUGAAGGUGUUGAAACCCCAGGAUCAUUGAAUUCAAGUCCUUCUUAUCAGUAUCAAGCUACAGAUACACCAAAUAGUGUUCCUGCUACACCAAAUGUGAAUGAUUUGUUACCUUCUUCGAAAAACCAAUACCCCUCCGAUCAACAAUUAGAACAAGUAUUAGAAGAGUAUCGAGCAAGCAAACCGCCGAUUUCCUUACAUGAAGGUAUAGACGAUGAAAUGAUUAUGUUGGACACCAUAGUUGACGAAGAAGAAGUAAGGAUGUUGGAUAAUGACGAUGAUGAAUUUUUCAAGAAUUAUACGAGCUUAACUAAUGAAUUUUUAAUACCCACCCCAAAACAACAACAUAGUUUGAAUAUGGUGCCGCAAGUAAAUGGCAAUUCUAACGGCAGCACCAAUGAUUAUAAAGAUUUGGAUUGGUUGAAGUUUGAGAUAUAGAUUAUGUAGAAAUAUAAUGAAAUGUUAUGA